AUGGCAACGGAAUCUGUAGCUUCUAGAGGUCCCGCUAAAAGAGCUCAGAAAGACUGGACUUUACCUUCCAAUUCAUCUCCUAAUCCACAGCUGUAUCUUUACAACAGCCUUACUAGGAGGAAAGAUCUCUUCGUUCCGAACAAUGGAAACAUCGUAAAAUGGUACAUUUGCGGGCCAACUGUUUAUGACAGUUCUCACAUGGGUCAUGCCAGGGCUUAUCUGUCGAUGGAUAUUCUUCGAAGAGUCAUGACUUCAUAUUUUGGCUAUGAUGUUCAGUACAUAAUGAAUAUCACCGACAUCGAUGAUAAGAUCAUCAAAAGGGCUCGCCAACGUCACCUGCUGACAAAGUACCUGGAUCCAUCAAAUGAACCAUCUGUUGAAAAAAUCAUCAAAGACAUCGUCUCAGCUCUUGAAGCGUUCAAGAAGAAGUUUGAAAGUGAGACAGAUGCAGAUAAGAAGAAAAUGUACGAGGGAAUGAUCACCAAGGUCGAUGCCUCUGCUCAACUUCUGGAGAAAGCUUUACAGAGCAAGGAUAAAACGAAAGUAGAAAAUGCCAAGGGUGCCCUUCUCAAUGACGCCAGAGAUGUUCUGUCCGAUUGGCUGGAUAGUCAAUUUGGAAGCGCCGUGAACGACCAUUCGGUCUUUGAUAAUCUUGCAAAGACGUACGAAGGAGAGUUCUUAGCAGACAUGGCACGACUCAAUGUUCUUCCAGCAGACGUAGUUACCAGAGUUUCCGAAUACAUCCCGGAAAUUGUUGCCUACGUGGAAAAAAUAAUCAAGAACGGCUAUGGGUAUCCAACUAGUGACGGUUCGGUCUACUUUGAUACAAAGGCUUUUGAGUCUAAUCCGAAGCACUUCUACGCGAAGUUGGUACCUGAAGCUUAUGGCGACACUGAAUCUUUGGAAAAGAAUAUGCGCGAAGGUGAAGGGGAACUAAGCAUGACUGCUGAUAGAUUACAGCAGAAACGUAACGUUUCCGAUUUUGCACUCUGGAAGGCUUCCAAAGAAGGAGAGCCAUUCUGGGAUAGUCCCUGGGGAAAAGGCCGUCCGGGUUGGCAUAUAGAAUGCUCUGUUAUGUCAACAGCAGUUUGCGGACCCAAACUCGAUAUACAUGCAGGAGGCUUUGACCUCAAAUUCCCUCAUCACGAUAACGAAAUCGCACAGGUCGAAGCGUACUAUGACGAUCCUCACUGGGUAAACUACUUCAUUCACUGUGGAACUCUCCGCAUAGCGGGGAUGAAGAUGAGCAAGUCUUUGAAAAAUUUCAUUACUAUUCGGGAGGCUCUGAAGCAGUACUCAGCCCGGCAACUUCGGUUGCUUUUCCUCAUGCACAACUGGACGGAUGUGCUUGACUACAGUGCCUCUACAAUGGAGCGCGCCAUGCAAUUUGAAAAGAUCUCAAACGAAUUUUUCUUGCUUGUGAAAGAUAUCCUGAGGAGGCAUUAUAAGCCGGAUUGUCCCCAGGGAUAUCUCAAAUUCGGAGCUCGUGAACUCGAAAUAAUAGAGGAGUUUUCAAGAAUCAGGCGAGAAAUUCAUGCUGCGCUGUGCGAUUCCGUAGAUACCCGCACAACAAUAGAAAAACUUCGCGAGCUUAUAGGCAUAGGAAACUCUUAUAUUGUUGAGAAGGAGAAAGAAGAAGCUGUACCUAAUUGCUUGCUUUUGCGAAAGAUUGCAUCGUACAUAACAGAUCUCUUUGCGGUGUUUGGAGUCAUUUCCAAAUCUGGUGACAUAGGAUUCCCUAUGGAAAGCUGUGUGAUAGGGACAUUUUACUUCGGGAACGAGAACAAAAGCGGGCUUUUUGAAGAUUAUUUAACAAAGUUGAGAAAGAGAAAGAAGAAGCUAUAUUCCAUAGGACUGGAAAGGAACAUUCAUAGAAUUCUUGGGGAUCUCCAAGUUGCACAGGUAUGUGCCCUUCAUUUUGGACACUCAUGUAAAAAUGGAUGGCUCGUAGAAAUUCUGAAAGACAAACCUCGGUUGCUCCUCUACAGGAUGGCUUACAAGUGUCCUGAAAGAGAAAAACAUGAAUUCAGAUGUCGAACAGCAAGGGCGAGCUGUGAAAAAUUAGCUGCUGACGUACUGGCACGAAUUUGGGAACUUGCUCAACAACGAAGUGCUAAACUAAACAAACAAUACUUUUGCAGCAGUAUCUGUACUCAUCUUGCUGAGAAGGUGGAGCAAAACAAAGCAACCAGGCUUAUUGCAGAAAAGGAUAAGGGGAAAAAAUACAGAACUGCAUUAUGGAUGUCUGAUAUUGAAGAUAUUGACGUAUACGAGCGAGAGGAUGCACAAGCAAAACAACAGCGAAGAUUGGAGUUUGGUCAAAAGAAUAAAUAUGGCUAUACUGUUUACACAAGCCAUAAUCGCAUGAGUAAUGGGAGGAUCCGAAAGGGCAACAUGGACGACCAAACGUACGAAUAUGUUUGGACAUAA